AUGACGGCUAAGAGUUUAAUUUGUAGUGGGGUGAGAAGACGAAUUGGGAACGGAGAUUCUACCUUUGUGUGGGGACACCCGUGGUUGCAAGAUGAAGAUGACCCCAUGAUCCAGACAGAAAUGCCAUCCCAACUGAGUAAUGCCAGAGUAAUCAAUUUAAUUAACCAAGAUACAGGCACUUGGGAUUAUGAUUUACUUACUGAUAUUUUUGAGCCCGGUGAUGUGAGUAGGAUUCUAAAAAUACCAGUCUCCCCAAGCUAUGAUGACAUGUGGUAUUGGCAUGGGGACCCCAAGGGCAAUUACACGGUUAAUCAUGGGUAUAGAUGUAUGGUGGGGAACUAUGAAAAUAUUGCAAAUGUGGGAUUUGCAAAAUGGCUCACAUUGUGGAAACAGAAAAUACCACCCAAAUGGAAAACCUUACUAUGGAGGGCUUUGAGUGAUAUUCUUCCUACUACCCAAAACUUGCUUAUAAAAAGAGUGGAGAUUGAUCCGGUGUGUGCCAUGUGUGGAGUUGCAAAUGAAGAUAUUAUGCAUACAUUGGUUUCGUGUGACUAUACAAAGACCAUUUGGGCACUAUCUAACCUUCCAUCUACAAAUAUUGUGACAAAUAUUUUUUAUGAAUGGUUUAGUGAAAUAUUAAAUAUUCUAGAUUCUGAUGGUAUUGCCUACGCAGCUGCAAUUAUUUAUCAUGUAUGGAGAGCUCGGAAUGGUGCGGUUUGGGAUGCAUGUUUGCCCAGACCACGACGAGUGCUCGCCGCGGCCCAGGCCGAAAUUACAGCAUGGCGUCGGGCCCAUGCACUGAGAGGGGACCCGAGUCCCGCGACACCCAGCGCCUUAGCGCAACCCACUGCCCACGGAGCCGGACCCAACCACACUCCGACGCAACCACCACCAUCCAAGUGCUGUGUCGAUGCUGGAUAUCGACACACGGACAACACAGCAACGAUAGGAGUGGUAAUACUAGAACCGGGUGGUCAAUUUAUCUCAGCAUACUCCGCACCUUUGCCACAUUGUUUUUCACCACUCAUGGCGGAGGCCUAUGCUUUUAAGGAGGCUCUUUCUUGGCUACGCGAGCGUGGAGAGCAAAAUAUAGAGCUUUAUACAGAUUGCCAGGUACUGCAGUCUUACUUAACGACACCACAGCUGCUGACACGAUCGUAUGUUGGCUAUGCAAUUGAUGGAUGCAGGAAUCAUUUAUCUACUUUUAAUUAUUGUCAUGUUAGCUUCUUACCUAGAUCGCAGAAUAUUUUAGCACAUAGUUUAGCUACUACAGCUUUCCAGUAUGACACAGUUAUGUAUUGGGAUACUAUCCCACCUGACGCUAUUUCAGCUUAUCUAUGA